AUGGUUAACACCAAGGACAUUUGCGCGUUCUUCUACGACGACCUCGGUUCGGGCUGCUACGCGUGCAGGGAGUGCGGUACUGCAAGGAAGCAGCAGGUUGGCAGUGGCUACUCCAAUCUAAUGUCACACAUCACCACCAAGCACCCCCAGUACGAGGAGAUGUACUCGGCGGCGACAAGCAGCGGCACCCUCCAGAGCUUUGGCUUUGUUUCCCAGGAGACAAACCACCGCUUCCAGUGGUUGCGGUGGUUUGUCGAGCGUAAUCUGCCCAUCUCCGAGGUCGACAACGACGUCUCGCGCUCGAUGAGCAAGUGGCCACCCAUCUCCUCCAAGGCGUUGAAGGCGUGCAUGCAUACGGUGGCCAAAAACGUGGGCGUCGUCAUCGACCAGGAACUGGGUGUCUCGUUCGGCCUGAUGUUCGAUGGAUGGUCUCACGGCUCUAUGCACUACAUUGGGCUCUACGGUGUCUACGACGUCAUGGGGGCUCGGCGUGAGCGCCUGCUCUCGCUGUCACCUUUGGGAGAAGGAGGCCAAAGCGCUGAAGCGCACGUCGAGAUGAUCCGAACGGUGCUCGACGUUUACAACAAAACCACCGCCAUGGUGGCUUUUAUCGUCGGAGACAACUGCAACACCAACCAGAAGAUUGCCACUCUCCUUGGCGUUCCUCUGCCUCGCUCAACAACCUCAUGA